AAAAAAGCCAGUUCUAAAGCUUACCUGUCAUCGUCUUCAUAAAUUAAUCUAUAUUUUAUUCUCUCUUGUCACCUUCUUCAGCCUACAACCCCGUUACGAGUAAUUAAAUUAAAACACUCCUUCGGGAAUUUCCUAAAUUUUCCGUUUCGUUAACAAUUUUUGGGUGCUGAAUUUCAUAUACAUACGCUCAACUGAAAUCUCUCUCCACUGUUUUACAUUUUGUAUAUUUGUUUUAAUUUUUUGAAUCGAGACUUCAAAUCGACGGCGAAGUGAUUACUGAUGUGUUGGUGAUCACUGUUUUUGGGAAUUCGUAUAUUUAUUCUUCGGAUCAGCUGAAUUUGACGCGGUAUUCGAAUCGGAUGGGAAUUUAGGUAGUGAAAAUUAGAAAGGUAAAGCAAAAUGCAGAGCAAGGGAUCGAGUACCCGAUUCACAGGAAUGGGGAUUCGUUCCCGAAUGUCAACGCUCCUUCUGUCCAUGUUCGCAGCUUUUGCUUCCUUAUACGUUGCAGGACGAUUGUGGCAGGACGCAGAGAACAGGGUUUACUUAGCAAAAGAGCUUGACAGAAUAACUGGUCAGGAAAAAUUUGUAAUGUCAGUUGAUGAUUCAUGGAAAAUCCUUGAGUGCCGGGAACGGCAGAAAACAUUAUCAGGCCUGGAGAUGGAACUUGCUGCUGCCAGACAGGAGGGCUUUGUUUCAAAGCAUUUAUCUGAGACUAAUAGAACACCUAAGAAGAGGCCACUCGUAGUGAUUGGAAUACUUACAGGAUUUGCUCGUAAAAGCAACAGAGAUGCUAUACGGAAGGCAUGGAUGGGCACUGGUGUAACUUUGAAAAGGAUGGAGGAACAGAAGGGCGUCAUUAUUCGCUUUGUAAUCGGCAGAAGUUCCAAUCGAGGAGACAGCUUGGACAGGAGCAUUGAUAGUGAAAACAAACAAAAUAACGAUAUUUUUAUUCUUGAAAAACAUGUAGAGGCACCUGAGGAACUACCAAACAAGACAAAAUUAUUCUUUGCUCAUGCUUCAGAAAACUGGGAUGCUGACUACUACGCGAAAAUCAAUGAUGAUGUCUAUGUAAAUAUUGAUGCCUUCAGAAAUACACUUGCUGCUCAUUUGGACAAGCCUCGUGUUUAUAUCGGGUGCAUGAAAUCUGGAGAGGUUUUCUCCGAAGAGGGCCAAAGAUGGUAUGAACCAGAUUGGUGGAAAUUCGGGGAUGGGAAAAAUAGUUACUUCCGCCAUGCUUCAGGUGAGAUGUUUGUGGUAUCACAGGCUUUGGCUAAGUUCAUAUCAAUCAACAGAUCUAUUCUUCGUGCUUAUGCGCAUGAUGAUGUCAGCGUUGGGUCAUGGUUCAUUGGCGUGGAUGCUAAGCAUAUCGAUGAGAGGAAAUUUUGCUGCUCGUCGUGGUCCUCAGGAGCUAUAUGUUCAGGUGUAUGAUCUUGUUAUCGAAGAUUAUUAGGCACAACAAGAGUUUCUUCAAUUCUUUGCAGCGACACUGACCAAUUAUACUUGCACAGUUCACAUACUAUGGCGAUUUUUUUUUAUAAUUCCGGGCGCAGUCAUUUACCAUACAAAAACACCGAGAAGAAUUAGAAUUCUCUUACUAGGAGUUUUAGUCAUUAGGAACCACAUAGUUGUGACUAGACUGGUGAAUGUUAUGUUUGCACAUCUCACUUAGUUUCUAAGGCUUAUGCCCCUAUUUUUAUUAUUUUUAAUUUCUAUUUU